UAUCAUAUCUUAAUUAUCAAAUUGUCUGAGUGUUUUGCAAUUAAAAAAAGGAAAAAUGAAGAGUAAACAGAAAAUUCUCGUCUUCUUAUUGCAUAAACAAAUUCAAAUCAACAAAUAUCCAUAUUUAAUACAAUAUGUUUCGAAAUCGUCUAGUUGCGCACAACAACAUCAAUUUACUAUUAGUGCUUAUUUUUGUGAUUCAUCAAAAUUUUUCUAUAAAAAUUGUCGAAAUUCCAUUUGAAAUAAUGACGCAAAGAAUGGAUUCUUUGGAAAUACACGAUUUAGAAGAUAUCAAAACUCCCAUUGGAGUGGAAUUAUCAGGAAAAUAUAAACAGAGUUUUGGAUACGAGACAAUAAAAGAUAGACUGCCAGUGAUUGUAACAAAAAUUAUUGAUACAAUGAGUCGUGAUAAAGAGGAAAUAAUUGAUAAAUAUGGACCUGGUACAGCCGAGGAAAUUAAACACAUAAUUGGUUGUAUUAGUAAAAUGAAAAAUGAAAUGGUGACAAAUAAAGAAUUAAAACCACUAACAUUAUUGCCUGGAAAUGAUGAUGAAGAUGGAAUUAUUUGGAAUAAAUUUUUUGAAAAACGAACUGAAAUUGAAGGGAAAAUACCAACUUGGUAUAAUACAAUUUGGUUAUAUUGUGAAUGUUACAUGUAUCGGAGAAUUUAUCAGGAAUUGGCCCUUACAGAACAUCUUAAAACUUAUGAUCCUUUCGAAAAACAAAAAGUAACUGCUUUUAAUAAUUCAAUAAACAGCAUUAAAAUUGUAAGCAAAUUCACCAUGGAUUUAAUAAAUAAACACGAGGAACUAACACCAAUUGAACGUAAAGAAGGAUUCAUUAAACUUUUAAAAAUCAAUCUUUGGGGAAACAAAUGUGAUUUAUCAUUGUCUGGAGGUGCAGAAUGUAGCGAAAGUGGAAAUCCACUUGAUUUUGUCAAUAUUUUUGAAAAAGAUCUUCUAAUAGAUAAUUCACAACUUCUAUGGGAUUUACUAAGUAAAAAGAAUGAUGGUAUUGUUGACAUUGUUUUAGACAAUGCAGGUUACGAAUUAUUCACCGAUUUAAGCUUUGCAGCUUUUAUAACAUCUGAAAAACUCACGAAAAAAAUACGAUUCUACGUGAAACGUUAUCCAUGGUACGUGAGUGAUGUAACGUUAAAUGAUUUUCAUUGGACAAUUGAUUCUAUGAAAAAUUCAUCUGAUGAAAAUUUAAAAUCAUUAGGCGAAGUGUGUCAAAAUUAUUUAACAAAAGAAAUUUGGACAAUAGAGGUGGAAAAAUUUUGGACUGAACCCUAUACAUUUGAUGAAAUAAAAAAACGUGAUCCAUCACUUUAUGCAAAAUUUUCCGAAGCAAUUUUAGUAAUUUUCAAAGGUGAUUUGAAUUAUCGAAAACUUUUAGGUGAUAUUAAUUGGGAAUACACUAAAGAUUUUGCUGAAGCUUUAAGGGAAUUUAAACCAACAAAUGUUGCAAGUUUACGCACAAUAAAAUGUGAUAUUUGUGUUGGAUUGGCACCUGGUCAAGCGGAAGAAGUUGAAGAAAAGGACAAAGAUUGGUUGUUUACUGGUAAAUAUGGAUUAAUUCAAACAACUCUAGAUAGCAAGUGCAAUUAAUUACAAAAAAAGUCAAUUAACUUUGAGAACUUAAAAAUUAAACUUCUUUAUAUCAUGAAUAUUUUCAAACAAAUAAUAUAUUUAAAAAAAAGACCAAUUUCUCUGUAAAUUAAACUGCCAAUAAAUAUUUUAUUGAACCAAAGAAGCAUGGAUUUGAUGUGUGUAAUUUAAAAAAAGUAUAAAUGUGAAAGUACUUUUACAACAUUUUAUUAGAUUCGAUUGUAAUCUAAAGCUUAAUAAUAAUAAUAAUAAUAGUAAUAAUAAUAAUGAUUAUGUUAUAAUUUAUAAGUAACGAUUAUUUGUAAAUAUUCUAUCUUCGAAUAUAUCUUGCUCUAAUAAUGUUUGUACAAUUAUCUAUAGAUAUAAUUUGUAUCAAAUGAAAGUAAAUAACAUUUAAAUUUAAUAAAAACAGAUUAUAUUCGU